AAAAAAUCAAGGACCUAUUUCCUAUUAAAACUAUUGACCAAAACACCAGACUGGUUCUGGUGAACGCAGUCUACUUCAAAGGGCGGUGGGAUGAGGAAUUUAAAAAGGAAUUGACCACAGAAGCAAAGUUCUGGCAGAAUAAGAAUGUGAGCAAAUCUGUGCAGAUGAUGGCCAAAAGCGGGCAUUUUAAUUUUGCCUUCCUGGAGGACGUGCAGGCCAAGAUCCUGGAAAUACCAUACAAAGGCAAUGACCUGAGCAUGGUCCUGCUGCUGCCCAAUGACGCAGAUGGCCUGCAGGAG